AUGGCAAAAAAGAAUAUAGUUAGACAACGUAGAAGUAGAGAAAGAGAAUCAUCUAAAAAAUGUAGAGAAUAUAUCUCAAAUAACCAGUAUAGGAAACUCAAGAAUAAAGCAACAGAAACUGCAGAGAAAUAUGAGGAAUGA